GUAAUUAGAGUGACAGGUUUUAUGAAAGGGCUUUAUACAGACUUUGAAUUGAAAUCAGAUAACGUUAAGGAUAAAGAUGCCAAAAUCAGCUUCCUUCAGAAGGCGAUUGAUGCUGUCGUAAUGGUCACAGGAGAGCCGCUGUCAGUAAAGCCAGCGCGUGUUGUGGCCGGACACGAACCUGAGAAAACCAAUGAAUUUCUUCAAGCAAUUGGGAAAUGUUGCCUAAAUAAGCUGUCCAGUGAUGUUGCCGUGAAAAGGAUCUUAGCUGGGGAAAGAGCUGACGCUAAAGGGAAACCUCCGUCCUCUAAAUCUCGAGAUAAAGAAAGCAGAGAAUCCAAAACAGAAGAACACAAAAGCCAUAAAGAGGGUAGAGGAGAGACUGAUAUUAAAGACAGAAGCUCAAGCAGAGACAGAAAACACAAAGGAGAUUUGAAAGAGAGUGAAGGAAGAGCAAAGGAAAGUGAUAAACAGAAGGAUAAUGAAGAAAGACACAAAGACCAUGAAAGAGAUUCCUUUAAGGAAGGAGAAAAACAAGAAAGGGAAAGAAACAGAAGCAGAACAACCAAACAAGGAAGAGAAACAGAAAAAAACAAAGGAAAAGGAGACAUAGAACAAGAAGAUGAUCUCAAGCGUGAUAAAGGGCAGGAAAGAGAGAAGAAAAAUGAAGGUGGCAGAGAAAAAGACAGACUGAAAGGAAGAGACAAAGAUAAGGCUAGGGACAGAGAACGAGAGAAAGACAGAGAUAGAGGAAAAGAUCGGGAAAGGGAUAGACACAGAGACAGAGAAAAAGAUGGGGAACACUUAAGAGAACAUGGGAAGGAUAAAGCAGAGAAAAAGUCCGCAGAUUCUGAGGAAUCCAUGCUUAGGACAACGCAGAGGCCCACCAAAGACAGCAAGUGCCAGCCAGAUAAUGCGGUUAUUGGAACAUAUCAUGUUAACAUUUGCAUAGAAAUGGAAGAAUUUGUAAUUCUCAUUUAUGUUACCCAUAUGGUCGUUAUCGGCAGGGUUGACAAUAAAUCUUGGGUGCAGACUCCAUGGACUGUUCACACAAACUUCAAAAAAGAAGAUAAGGAGGAAAACCUGUGA